UGACAGUUGACGCAUAUUUGACGUUUAUCGUUAGUUGUAGUAAAGUUUACAAAAACGUAAUCAUGCAAUGAAAUGUAUUUGUGUUAUUAUUUUAUUACACCAAACUAAUAACAAACUUGAAUUUUAUUAAAUAUUUUCAGAUAUUUUAGACUUGCUAUUCUUCGAUUUUGUAUUAUAAUGGGACGCAAAUGUAAUGUAGAAGGUUGCCAAUCUGAUUCGAAUAGGCCUAAAGAUGUUGGGGUCACUUUUCACAAAGUUCCACCCCACAGCGAUAUUAGACCGAAAUGGUUAUCUUUAUGUAGAAUACCAGAAGACAAGAAAUAUGUUAAAGUUAUAUAUGUUUGCUCCCGUCACUUUCUUCGUGCCGACUUUUGCAAUUUUAAAGGCAAAAAGUACAUGUUAAAACAGGGAGUUUUGCCAAGUGUAUUUCCUUGGGAUAAAUCGAAACUCGAAGCUAUUAAGGCUGAAGCAAAGAAGGAAAAACCGUUAGAAAUAAAAGAAGAACCAACAUCUCUCCAAAAUGAUACGCAGAUGGAUACCAGUAUUGAGAUGAAGGAAGAACCAACGGAAAAAAUUAAGCAAGAAGUAAUAGACAGUGAAAACCACCAAACAGAAUGUGAGAUCAAAAUUGAGCCAAAAGAAGAAAAAGAUAAAGAAGAGCAGUCUAAUUUAUCUUCAUCAGAUCGUGGUUCGUUAAGUUUUACAAUAAAUUCAAAAUUAGAAGCUCUAGAUUUUAAAAACGAAUGGUAUCCUGCUAAAAUAGUGGAAAUAGAUUACGAAGAAAAUGAAGUGUUGAUACACUUCGAAAACUUUUCAAGAAAAUAUGAUGAAUGGAUAUCUAUGAAUAGUUCGCGUUUAAGACCCUUGCUGGGAUGUACUUCCAAUAGUGAGGAGUCCAAUGAAAACAAGAAUAUUGAUUUGGUUGAAACCUUUGCUGUUGGCGAAAGAUGUCUAGCUGCAUGGAGUAUUUCUAGAAAAUAUCCUGCAACAAUCACAAACAUUUUGGAUAAUGACACUUAUGAAGUAUUAUUUGACGAUGGAUUUGUUAAAACAUUAAAAUCUAGUAGACUCACCAAAUCGCUUGGUGAACCUCUUUGUAAACCUCUUCAAUCUAGUCCUCUUUUUGACCCCAUAAAGAGCAGCAAACAAGAUAGAAGGGACAAGAAAAGGAAAAUAAAUGUAGCUGCUUUAUUCAGGAAAAGACCAAAACUAGAACAAACUGAAGACAAACCUAAGAGAGCUAGUGCAAGUGCAAAUACUAGUAAAUCAGAACAGGCAGUUGGUAGUCCUCAGAUUGAUACGAUAGCUCCAGGAUUGACACCUUCUGUUAUUGAUAUUGAAAAUUGGAAACCGAGUUGGUACAAAGGAAAACCUAUUGGAAUAGAAUCUACACUCCAAACUCAAGAUGGUCCCAAGGUUUCCUACAUUGUACCAGAUCCACGUCUUCCGUUUGGCUGGAAUAAACACCUCGUACGUCGCACAAAAGGUUGCGAUGCUGGGAAAUGGGAUACAAUCAUUGUCAGUCCGGAAAAUAAGAGAUUCAGGUCAAAAACUGAUGUACUAAAAUAUCUCGAAGAACAUGCCAACGAAGGCAUCAACGAAAAAAUGUUCGACUUUUCUCUUGUCUCGAAGAGAAAACGUAAAAACGCUGCAAUUGUCACCAAAGCGAAAUCACCUGAAAAGGAACAACCUCCGCCAUUGAUUCUACCUGAAGAACACAUCGAACCUGAAAAAGUAGAAAUCAAAGAAGAAGAUAACUCGAAUAGUCUUAAAAUUCUAUAUGAAGAUGAUGCUUUUAAAUGCCCAAUAGAGGGAUGCGGAAAAAUUUUCAGAAGAGAGAAUCUAGCUCAGAUGCAUGUCAAACAUUAUCAUCCCGAGUAUACUAAGUUCUUAGAUUCAACACCUAAUGUUGCUGACUUAGCGUACGCACGUACUGUGGGAGAAAAUUUGGAUAGAUCACCAGGACCUCAAAAACCACCACCACUGAAACCAGCUGUCAAAACUACACCGAAAACUCCCAAACAUUCGGCUUCUGGCAUAGAAGAAAUGCCCGAACUAAAACCCGUUACUAAACCCAAAACCAAAGAUUCGGAAAUUAUUAAAUUGCUAAAUACAAAACCGUAUAAUAAACAAGAUACGGAUGGUAUUCAAUCACCACCCGUAAUUGGAACGCCAACAAGCCCUUUUACAGGUAUAAAAUUAAAAGAUUUGCUAACUAGGACCGACGGUGUUCCUAAACGAGAUGAUUCAACUCCAAGAAGUAUUUACAAAACGAAGCCGGCUGGUAUAAAAACUCUUCUUCCGGGUCAUCGCCCUCCUGCAGAAUGUUCUUCAGGUGAUCAGCAAUUCGAAGAUUAUUAUCCAAAACAAUCAAACAAACGUAAACGAAGCCAUAUAGAGACUAAUGAAAUUGCUAAAGGUAGAGAAUCUGAUCAGCAAAAAACAACAAUAACUUCUACACCAAUUCCUUCUCUUCCACAUAAUUUACCUCCAUCUCCUCAUUUCCAACCUUCAUCAUCUGCAAUCACCCUAAAACCCGAAACACAACCACCUAUUCCCGAUAAAUCCCCUAAUAACAUUAUUAUUGAAGGAGGGGAAGUUAUAAAAAUAGUCAGAAUGAAGCAAGAAGAAAUCAUCAACUGUACCUGCGGAUUUAUGGAAGAAGAUGGAUUGAUGAUACAAUGCGAGCUCUGUCUGUGUUGGCAACACGCUUACUGUAAUAACAUAGAACGAGAAAAUCAAGUACCGGAAAAAUACGUUUGUUACAUUUGCCAGAAUCCAUUGCGGGAACGACAAUCUAGAAAGUACUAUCACGAUCAAGAUUGGCUGACGAAGGGCGUCUUACCAGUCGGUAGCUAUCAUACUCGGGAUGAUCAAGUAUUACACAAGAGAUUUGAUAAGAUGAAAAAAUGUCAUGAUAUAUCCGGAGGCUUGAUCGAAUUGGGUCAUUACCAACAUAAUUUGAAGAUUAAAAUGAAAAUUGCAGAAGCCAAAAAUCACCCAAAAUUGUAUUUAUGGUCGAAGGCAUGGCCUAAAUUACCUCUUCCAGAAAAAAUUAAACCAGACAUGGAAGAUGCCAAGCCGAAAAUUGAAAAUGAUGGUCCAGAUUUUCUUAAAAGCGACUUUGAUGAGGAAAAGGAAUCUCAAAAUGAGAACUCGAUGCUAAUGAUGAUCCUGAAAGCAGGUAAAAACGUGAUGCCGAAACUCGAUUUGAACACUUUAAUGGAAAACAACGGUCCCAUGAUUCCACAACCAGAAGCCGUCAUAGAUUCGGCUGAUUGUCGACUGAAUUUAUUGGAGCAUCUCAAUUAUCAACAUUUGCUGGUUAAAGAAAGAUUAGACGAUUUCGAAAAGCAAAUAGAUCACUUGGAGGCAAACUUGAACAUAGAGAAUGAAUAUGAAUAUCCUAAAACGAGAAAUACUAUGCAGAUGCUUAUGAGAGAUUUAGAAGUAUUGAAAGAGUUUAGUCAGUGUUCAGGUAUUUAGAAUUGAUGAAAAGGUAUUGUAAAUGUUAUGCUUAGUUGAUGAAAAUGUUUAAGUUCUGUUUGUAAUACUAUGUAAUGG